AUGCAUCAAUGUGGGUUCAUCGAUCGUUACAAGGCCCAGCUGUCUGCCAGUGGUGGGCAAGUCUCCUCCCCUCUGGGAGCCUCAGUUUCCCCAUCUGGAAAUGGCACGGAGCUGUGGAAAAGUACCCACAGAACACCUGCAUGGGGCUGUUUCCGGUGGGUCACUUUUCCCGUGUCUUUCAGAGGCGAGUCUGGAGCUGGGAAAACUGAAAACACCAAGAAAGUCAUCCAGUACCUGGCCGUGGUGGCCUCCUCCCACAAGGGCAAGAAGGACACAAGUAUCACGGGUGAGCUGGAAAAGCAGCUUCUACAAGCAAACCCCAUCCUGGAGGCUUUUGGCAACGCCAAAACUGUCAAGAACGACAACUCCUCACGAUUUGGUAAAUUUAUCCGCAUCAACUUCGACGUCACGGGUUACAUCGUGGGAGCCAACAUUGAGACAUAUCUGCUAGAAAAGUCACGGGCGAUUCGCCAAGCCAGAGAUGAAAGGACGUUCCACAUCUUUUACUAUCUGAUUGCUGGAGCCAAGGAGAAGAUGAGAAAUGACUUGCUUUUGGAGGGCUUCAGCAACUACACAUUCCUCUCCAACGGAUUUGUUCCCAUCCCGGCAGCCCAGGACGAUGAGAUGUUCCACGAAACCGUGGAGGCCAUGGCGAUCAUGGGCUUCAGUGAAGAGGAGCAGCUGUCCAUAUUGAAGGUAGUGUCAUCCGUCCUGCAACUUGGGAAUAUUGUCUUCAAGAAGGAAAGAAACACAGACCAGGCGUCCAUGCCGGAUAACACAGUUGCUCAGAAAGUUUGCCACCUCAUGGGAAUUAAUGUGACAGAUUUCACCAGAUCCAUCCUGACCCCACGUAUCAAAGUCGGGCGGGAUGUGGUACAGAAAGCUCAGACAAAAGAACAGGCAGACUUUGCAGUAGAGGCUCUGGCCAAGGCCACUUAUGAGCGCCUUUUCCUCUGGAUACUCAGCCGCGUGAACAAAGCCCUGGACAAGACUCACCGGCAAGGGGCUUCGUUCCUGGGGAUCCUGGACAUCGCUGGAUUUGAGAUCUUUGAGGUGAACUCGUUCGAGCAGCUGUGCAUCAACUACACCAACGAGAAGCUGCAGCAGCUCUUCAACCACACCAUGUUCAUCCUGGAGCAGGAGGAGUACCAGCGCGAGGGCAUCGAAUGGAACUUCAUCGACUUCGGGCUGGACCUGCAGCCAUGCAUCGAGCUCAUCGAGCGGCCGAACAACCCUCCAGGUGUGCUGGCCCUGCUGGACGAGGAGUGCUGGUUCCCCAAAGCCACAGACAAGUCCUUUGUGGAGAAGUUGUGCUCGGAGCAGGGCAGCCACCCCAAGUUUCAGAAGCCCAAGCAACUCAAGGACAAAACUGAAUUCUCUAUCAUCCACUAUGCCGGGAAGGUGGACUACAACGCAAACGCCUGGCUGACCAAGAAUAUGGACCCGCUGAAUGACAAUGUGACUUCCCUCCUCAAUGCCUCCUCGGACAAGUUUGUGGCCGACCUGUGGAAGGACGUGGACCGCAUCGUGGGCCUGGACCAGAUGGCCAAGAUGACAGAGAGCUCGCUGCCCAGUGCCUCCAAGACCAAGAAGGGCAUGUUCCGCACCGUGGGGCAGCUGUACAAGGAGCAGCUGGUGAAGCUGAUGACCACGCUGCGGAAUACCACCCCCAACUUCGUGCGCUGCAUCAUCCCCAACCAUGAGAAGAGGUCCGGAAAGCUGGACGCCUUUCUGGUGCUGGAGCAGCUGCGGUGCAACGGGGUCUUGGAAGGCAUCCGAAUCUGCCGCCAGGGAUUCCCCAACAGGAUCGUCUUCCAGGAGUUCCGCCAACGCUAUGAGAUCCUGGCCGCAAACGCCAUUCCUAAAGGCUUCAUGGACGGGAAGCAGGCCUGCAUUCUGAUGAUCAAAGCCCUAGAACUCGACCCCAACUUGUACAGGAUUGGGCAGAGUAAAAUCUUCUUCCGAACUGGUGUCCUGGCCCACCUAGAAGAGGAGCGGGACUUAAAGAUCACCGACGUCAUCAUGGCUUUCCAGGCGAUGUGUCGCGGCUACCUGGCCAGAAAGGCUUUUGCCAAGAGGCAGCAGCAGCUGACGGCCAUGAAGGUGAUUCAGAGGAACUGCGCCGCCUACCUCAAGCUGCGGAACUGGCAGUGGUGGCGGCUCUUCACCAAAGUGAAGCCCCUGCUGCAGGUGACGAGGCAGGAGGAGGAGAUGCAGGCCAAGGAGGAUGAGCUGCAGAAGACCAAGGAGCGGCAGCAGAAGGCAGACAGCGAGCUCAGGGAGCUGCAGCAGAGACACUCGCAGCUGACCGAGGAGAAGAACCUGCUUCAGGAGCAGCUGCAGGCAGAGACGGAGCUGUACGCUGAGGCUGAGGAGAUGCGGGUCCGGCUGGCAGCCAAGAAGCAGGAGCUGGAGGAGAUCCUGCAUGAGAUGGAGGCCCGCCUGGAGGAGGAGGAAGACCGGAGCCAGCAGCUGCAGACAGAACGGAAGAAGAUGGCCCAGCAGAUGCUGGACCUGGAAGAACAGCUGGAGGAAGAGGAAGCUGCCAGGCAGAAGCUACAACUUGAGAAGGUCACGGCUGAGGCCAAGAUCAAGAAACUGGAGGAUGAUAUUCUGGUCAUGGAUGAUCAGAACAAUAAACUGUCAAAAGAGCGAAAACUCCUUGAAGAGAGGGUUAGUGACUUAACAACAAAUCUUGCAGAAGAGGAAGAAAAAGCCAAGAAUCUUACCAAGCUGAAAAAUAAGCACGAAUCUAUGAUUUCAGAACUGGAAGUGCGGCUGAAGAAGGAGGAGAAGAGCCGGCAGGAGCUGGAGAAGCUGAAGAGGAAGCUGGAGGGCGAGGCCAGCGACUUCCACGAGCAGAUAGCCGACCUGCAGGCGCAGAUCGCUGAGCUCAAGAUGCAGCUGGCCAAAAAGGAGGAGGAGCUGCAGGCGGCCCUGGGCAGGCUUGAUGAUGAAAUCGCUCAGAAGAACAACGCCCUGAAGAAGAUCCGGGAGCUGGAGGGUCACAUCUCAGACCUCCAGGAGGACCUGGACUCAGAACGGGCCGCGAGGAACAAGGCUGAGAAGCAGAAGCGGGACCUCGGGGAGGAGCUGGAGGCGCUGAAGACAGAGCUGGAGGACACGCUGGACAGCACGGCCACCCAACAGGAGCUCAGGGCCAAGAGGGAGCAGGAGGUGACAAUGCUGAAGAAGGCCCUGGACGAGGAGACUCGGUCCCACGAGGCCCAGGUGCAGGAGAUGAGGCAGAAGCACACACAGGCCGUGGAGGAGCUCACUGAGCAGCUGGAGCAGUUCAAGAGGGUGAGUCGCGAUGCUCUUUUUGUGACAACAAAAUAUCAAGAACGAUAUGUCAACAGCUUCAAAUAACUACAUAUCAGUGUC